AUGUGUUCCUCACCAUCAAUCGAAGAGCAACUACAAAACCUAAUAGAACAAAUUAAAGUAAUUUACGCAGCACCAAAAAUUGAAAGACUCUAUCUCGAGUAUUUUAAGCGACUCGCCGAAACUACGAAACUUGAUUCGGUAGCACCGGACAAUGUGAAGAAAGUAGAAAACGCGUGCUCAAUAUUGGGCAUAAGAAAUGUAUCGAGAUUUUACCAAGUAGAAUCGGAUUAUUACGAGUGGGAGUUACAGAGACGUGUGUUCCGAUUGGUGGCGCCAUCUGUAGAUCAUCUUUGUAAAAGUGUUAUUUUCGAGAAUACACGAUGUCCACACGAAACAAUUGAUGACCCUUUGAAUUCUAGAUAUUACUGUGUUAUCGUACAAUAUGUAGGAUCCAUAAAUACGCAGAAAUUGAUGAACUAUGUACGAAGCUUAAAGAAUAAAUCCAUUAGUAAAAAGAAUUACAAUUUUCGUGUAGCUGAUGCGGAGAAAUCGUUUCAACUGACAGGGUUUGAUAAUAAUGGUGUAUCGCCCAUUGGGAUGAACCAAGAUAUCCCAAUAAUACUGACUAAAUCUAUAACCGAACUUCAUCCACCGGUACUUUACCUUGGCGCCGGACAUGUUGAUUGGAAGUUGGGAUUGCCGGUUGAUGAUUUU